AUCCUAGGGCUCAUAAAGCAUCAUCUUCUCUCUCUCUCUCUCUCUCUCUCUCUCUGCCUAACUUUAUUAUACCCAUUCCAGGAAGCUGCACCUGAACUUCUCCAUUCGCUCUCUAUUUCGCCUCUGGUCUGCGACGACCUAUUAAUCUCAUCUUGCCUCGCCUUUGAUUUGUUACAGGUUUUGGAACCGGCAGUGGUGCGUCUGCUCUGCCGCCUUUUGACGUUCGUUGGCAGUGACUGUUUUGGUGGAUUGACUAGAGUAGAGUGGGUUUGGAAGCCAAUUCAGAAAUGUUAUCCAGGAUUGGAUAUUGACUUCUUCGUUCAAAGAUAAUAAAGGGUUGUAUGCGUGGAAAAUCUUGCAGGAAUGCCUGUAUCAGGAAAUGAAGAGCUUAGGGUUAAACCUGUUGCCUGGCACUCUAGUGAUUCCAAUGCAGGUGUUCCCAUCAAGAAAAGAAGGUUUCCUUUGAUCCACCCACCGUCACCUCCAUCUGAUGCUCAAUCUCCUCCCCAAGGAGAAAAUAAAUUGCUGCAGAAAGAACAAUCUAAGUCUUUUCAGGAAUCAUCUCUUUCAAAUGCUUGUGUUGCAACAGAUUCUUCAGGAUUAACUGAUACACAUAAGAAUUCUUUUGUGGAGGGUAAAAAAGAAGGUUCUGCUGAUACAAAAGUUAGCUCAGCUCAAAGUGAUGCUAAUUCCUCUAGAAUCAAACUACAGGAACCAAGCCUCACAUUCUUCUCUGGUUCUUUGGAUGUUGCAGACAGCAAAAAGACGCUUGUGCCAGCUGAAAAAUCUGCAUGUCAGAUAACUGCAGGAAAUAUGGAGCUGAAAUUAGCACCCAUUGAAGCUCUUGCACUGAAUGUAGGGAAGGAAUUAUGUUGCAAGCCAAAGGUUGAAGUGGAUAGUAGAUCAGAAUCUUCUAUAACAUCAGGGAAUACUGAAUUGUAUUUAGGACUAAAGGAGCCUCUUGUUCUAGCCUUGGCAGGUCGACAGAGUGGAGAUAGGAGUCAGAUGGGUCAACAUAGUGAAAAAAGUAGCCAGAUGUCGGAGAGCAUCGAUCCAUUUUCAUUGAAUUUGUCUUUAAGCAAGGGGAAAGCCUUUUCACAAUUCAAAAAUAAGGAAAUUGAGUUGAAUAAAAAUCGUGAUUGUCGGCAUGCUAACAGGUCAAACUGGGAUCUGAAUACUACAAUGGAUACCUGGGGUGGCUCUGAGAGUGAUGCAGCUGCAGGUGUAAAAAAUGUUGGUCUGGAAGGGUUGAAGGCAACUGAUGGCCCACAUGAUGCGAAGCCUUCAGUUCAUGGUGCUGGGAUGAUGAUUGGUGGUGAUUGUAGUGGUGUUUUGGGAAAACAGGUUUUUGAAGAGAGUGAGUACAGAUCUAAUAUCUCCAACCCUAUUCCCAAUAGACAACAGUGUGAAACUGAGCAAUCUAUUCAUCUGCACCUUAGUCCAUCUUAUCUCCAAACAGAUUUUAAUAAUGAAGAGUCUGGCUUGCGGCGCUCGCCUGCUAAAAUAAAUUCAGGAAGUGUUUUUCCUAAAGGAGGAUUGCCUGGAACAAUGGUGUCAAGUCUGUCGACUGGUAAUUUGAAUGCUCUUGGGUGUAGAUCUGUAAAAUCAGAACCAUUUGAUGAUAGUGUGAAUGAGAACUCUAAUGCACAAGUCUAUCUGAAGGGUAACAUAGAUCGCAGUACUGUGAAAAUUGGAGCUACUGAGAAGUGCAGUGUAGAAGCCCUUAAGUUAUCAAAUAUUAGCGCCCCAAACUUAAAUGUAAAUGACUGUAGAUCUAUAAAAUCUGAACCAGUCCAUGAGGGUAAUCAGGAAAUUUUCAAGACAGCAGAAGGGACACCACACAAAUCUGUUGGACAGGUUUUAAAAUGUGCAGAUGCACCUGUUGCCCCAGUGUCCAUAGCCCUCCAAAUGUCCUCUUCAGGAUUUCUCACUUGUUCACCUGACUUACCUAAGAACGAGAAUCCACUAAGCCAUGUAGAAAUUUCUACUCAUACAAAGGGACCCAAUUUUAGUGGGGAGGAAGCAUGUGCAAGUGUUGAACCGACCACUUCAGGAAUGGUUUCUGCAUCUGUGGGUCAUGAUGAUAAAGAAUCUAAUAUUUCUGAUGGUAUUAUGGAUGACACGGGGUCCAAUGGGCUAAAUGUUGAUAAUUCUCAGAAAUUGUGGGAUGAGCUUCCAGUGGGUUCACUUGAUGAGGGAUCUGUAAGUGAUGAGGAAAAGAUUGACAUAUCAGCUGAUAUGCUGGAAGAUGAUUCUUAUGGUUCGGAUUAUGAUUCUGACGGCAAUCAUGUUUUACCCUAUGCAGAGGAUAGACUAUAUGGUGGAGAAGACGAUGACUAUGAAGAUGGUGAAGUCCGUGAACCACUAGUGCAUACUGCAAUAGAAGGUUCCAUUUGUGAGAAUGGAGAAGUAGAAAAUGUUAAUCAUGGGGAUUGUGAUAAUAGAAAUACAGACUUCCAACACUCUCCUUGUGAGGUUCAUCUUGAUUCUUCUCAAAUUGAGGGAAAAGAUGACAAAGUAGUUGAAACCUGUGAAGCAAAUAUUGAUCUCAGCAAAGAAUGCUUUGGCACAUUUAUGGAUGAGAAAACUGAUCAAAGCAAUGAUAAAAAAGCUCAUUUGCAAGAAUCAUGUGGUGGUGAAAUGCAAACUAUUGGAACUGAGAAAGGAAGAUCAGUCAAGGCUGUUGGAAAAAAGCUGCUGGAUCAAUUGGGAAGGAAAGAUGAGAUAAAGUGCCAUGAGGUAGAACAAUUAUCUGACCGAGUCACCAUGGGAGACCAAGGAACUGCAGCAGAUCAAAGUGUGGAUGAGAAUAUCAAAAGAUCAAACUCAGUGGAUAAGAAAGACUCAUCACUGCUUGAUACUGAAGCAUCUCUUAAAAGUGAUGGCACAGCCAAGGACUCCAGCAGUGGAGGCAAACAGAGCCGGAUUAUAAAUUUGUUUCGACCUUCUAAUGUUUCAUCUUCAUACAAGACAAGGACUAUUCCGGCCAGGUCAUUACCAUCACGAACUGGAAGAGAAAGAUUUACUGAAUUUGUGCUUGAGGGAGAUAAGUUACAUUCCCGUGGCAGUAGAGAUGAACUCUACAUUGAUAGUCCUCGAAAAUUUUUGAGAGAGAGAAACCAGGACCAGUCUCUCAGAAAUUCUAGAUUGAAUAUGGGGCGUGGCAGGGGAAGGGGUUCCAAUCGGUUAGACGCACUACGUGGUGAUUGGGAUACUGACCGUGAGUUUGGUCCUGAACUUUAUAAUGGUCGAAAUGAUUUUCGUUUCUCAAGACAUAAACAUGAAUCAGAUGUUGCUGAUGUGGAGCCUGAAUGUGAUAACUAUAUUGUUCCUUCUGAUGGUAUUGUUAUAGGUACCGGUAGGGGAGGAAGAAAACCUUUAAAUGAUGAGGUGUCAGUUUUCCACCAUCCAUCCUCAAGGAGGCGAUCUCCUGGAGGCAGUGAAGUGCAGGCUGCACGUGGAGUUCAAAUGGUUCGCAGAUUACGCAGAAGUAUUAGCCCAAGCAAAUGCAUUGGUGAAGAUGGUUCUGAUAUUAUUGGACUGAGGCAUAAUGAGAAGUUCACAAGAGGUUUGCCAGGUGAUAUCGUGGAUCCCAUGUUUGCUCGUUCCCGACCCCCUUAUGAGGAAGUGAAUGACCAUUUUUUACGUAGGAGCAGAGAAUUCUCAUCUGUUCACAGGAGGGGUUUCCAUCAUAUUCGCUCAAGGUCUCCAAUAAGACCCAGAACACGUUCCCCUGGCCCAUGGUCCUCUCCUAGAAGAAGAUCUCCAGAUGUAUUCAACAGGCAUCCUGAACUGACACAUCGAAGAUCCCCAGCAAUUUACAGGAUGGAGAGGAUGAGAUCCCCUGAUCGUCCUUGUUUCCCUGGAGAUUUAUUGGCCAGAAGGCGUGGUUCUCCUCCUUACUUGCCCCGGCAAUCUAAUGAUUUGAGGGAAAUUGAUUCUGCACGAGACCAUGGUCAUCCAAGGUCUAUGGCCUUCAAUAGGAGGAGCCCAUCUGGCCGGGUCUUACCAAGAAGCACUAGGCGUUUUGAUAUUAUUGAUCCUCGAGAAAGGACGGAUAAUGACGAGUACUUUGGGGAACCUGUACAUGCUGGUCGAUUUCAUGAGCUCAGUGGUGAUGCUAAUGGAGAUGAGAGAAGAAAAUAUGGUGAGAGACGCGGUCCUCUUCGUUCUUUUCGACCUCCUUAUACUGGUGCAGAGAGUGGGAAUUUUCGCUUCCAUUUAGAAGAUGGUCCUAGGCCAUUUAGGUUCUGUCCUGAAGCUGAUUCAGACUUUCAAGAAAGGAGCAACUUGAGGGAAAGAGAAUUUGACAGGCGAAAUAAGAAUCGUCUUGGGAAUGCACCUAGGGGAACAAGAAGCAUUGAGGAGGAAGAAGGAAAUUACAGGCAUGGUGGGCAGGUUUGGCAUGAUGAUGUAUUUGAUGAUGUCUCCAGGAUGAAAAGAAGAAGAUUUUGAUUGUGCUUAUCUGCCUGAUGUUAUAACAAGGCUGGAAGCAAGAUACUUAUUUACUUGCAGGGAUUAGGAAGUAUCAGCUGGAAAUAGUUCACAUGGUUGCUGGAUCAACAAAAACCUUUUUAGUUUCUUAAAGCAGAAAGUUGCUGUUUAAUAUGCAGUUCUUAAUCACGUUUAUGGAAGUAAUAUUUAGUGCAUGUUGGAGCUGACAUCUAGAGUCCUUUUGGGUUGACAAGCAGUCAAAUGCAUGUGGUGCUUAAUGUUCUCCAUGUACCAAGGUGGUUAAUGCUUCCUCAUUUAACCAGUUUUUAUUCGUCUAGUCAUGGGUGCUGCAAUUAAUCAGCUGUGUCAACAGGUUCUGUAUCUCAAUUAUGCUGGCACAUUAUAUAUCUUAUGGUUGAUGUCAUUUUUUGUAAAUACUAGGAUGGAGAUCCUUCAAAUUCCUUGGAGUAUCAAAUAUAUACGUCGUGAUUUUGGUGCU